ACUACGAGAUCAAAUGUAGGAGUGUGUGUUUGUUUGUGUGUCUGAGAGAGGCCCACUCAUUGGAGCACCUCUGUGUUGUGAAGAGUUCUCUCGGGGAACACAGUGGGAGAGGAGGGGGAGCGUGUUUAGCUCUGAAGAGUUGCUAGAAAAGUCUGAAGAGAAAGAGUGAGUGGAAGGAAAAAAUAACAACCUGCCAGAGGAGGCAAUCCGCCGAGACACAAGGGCCACGCUGACCCCCCCUCACGAGUGGAGGACAGAAGAGGACGCUGGACUUUAUCAAAGUAAAACUCUUUCUUGGAUUGCUUCUUUUUUUCUUUUCUUUUUUACCCCGAGUCCACCUUUAGUGCUGACCUUUUCCAAGCCCCCCCACCCCCUGCCGCCCCUUCCAAGGAGCAAAGAUGAGCUGCAGGAAAAGGUGCAAGCGGGAGAUCUUCAAGUUCGCACAGUACCUGUACAGACUCGUCACAGGGACGCUCAACACCGACAGCGUCGAAGAUGAGCUUGAACUGUCGACAGUCCGCCAUCGCCCCGAGGGCCUGGAGCAGCUUGAAGCCCAGACGCGGUUCUCCCGGAAGGAGCUGCAGAUCCUUUACCGCGGCUUCAAAAACGAGUGUCCCAGCGGAGUCGUCAACGAGGACACUUUUAAAGACAUCUACGCUCAGUUCUUCCCUCAAGGAGAUGCUUCAACCUAUGCCCACUUCCUAUUCAACGCAUUCGACACAGAUCACAACGGCUCUGUGAGUUUUGAGGAUUUUGUGAUGGGUCUCUCUAUCCUCCUGCGAGGAUCCAUCCAGGAAAAACUCAACUGGGCUUUCAACCUUUAUGAUAUUAAUAAAGACGGAUACAUCACUAAGGAGGAAAUGCUAGACAUCAUGAAGGCCAUCUACGACAUGAUGGGAAAAUGCACGUACCCCGCCCUCAGAGAGGAGACGCCUCGGCAGCAUGUCGAAAUCUUCUUUCAGAAGAUGGAUAAGAACAAAGACGGGGUGGUAACCAUCGACGAGUUCAUCGACUGCUGCCAAAACGAUGAGAACAUCAUGCGAUCGAUGCACCUCUUUGAAAAUGUUCUUUAACUCUUGGCUGGCGGGGGCGGUGGAGGCUUUGGAGGAGAACGUCACCUUGACUCGGACUCUAACUGUGUACAGUGUGCUAUGCAGACCUCUGAUGAAAGAUAUGAUAUUGUUCAUUCAUAUUGCUGUGAGGAGGAGGCAAUAUGGUGCGGACACUCUGGAACGGGCUGCCUUUUGAACAUUUGAUUUUUCAUAAACUUUGUUGCAUAAACACGAAAUGAAAGGAAAGUAGAAAGUACUUUACUUCAAGGUUGGUUUCCCUCCAAUAGUCUCUGGAGUGUCUCUGACAUUAUAAUCACCCGGGGAGAGAUCUGUGAUGAAGAGGAGGCUUCUUUCUGCUGCAGCCUUGUUUCAUUUACUGCCAAGUGAAAUCACUGUGACCUUUUACUAAGGCUGCAACUAACGAUGAUUUGGUCUUUAAAAUAUAAAAAAUAUUAUAUUAACAAUUAGUAAAAUAUCUAAAUAGUUGAUAAUCAUUUGUUUGUCAACUAACUGUUGCAGCUCUACUUUUAUAGCACCAAUACAAAACACCUGAACAAAUGAUCUCUUGACUGGCUCUCCUUUCCAGAGUGUUCUCACCCGACUUAGUGAAUAAUCGUCUUUUUGCAUUUAAAUAAGAAAACAACAUUCAUUGUACUAUUUUCAAUUGUAAAUACUAAUAGAUAAAGCAUUAGAUAAAAACUCUAUGAGAAACUUUUCAACGGUUCAUGUUUACUUGCCAACUAGAAUGAGACAACACAAGGAUUGUAUUGAUGUCACAAACCACUGAUGGUUCGUCGACAGAAGCACACAGGUAGCUAUAUUUACCGCCAGUUUAACUUAAGACAACGACAUCUUCCGUCAUGACAUAAAUGCUGCUUUCAGUGCGUUUCAUUUAACCCAGUGUACGAAUAUUCCCUGUAAAGCAACAGACUACAUCAACUUGUUUUUAUUUUGUCCACUGUUUAAAGCAGGUUAUUUAUAUUAAGGUAUUAUUGUACAAAAGAUUGUUGGUUGUAUAUUAUUAAAUGAACGUUUGCUCUGGGGAUGGAUUUCAGGACUUAUUCAUAAUUCACUGUUUUUAAAAAGAAGAGGGGUUCUGUGUUAUACUCAUCAUGUUUGGGUGUGUUUCCUCCUGUCAAAGUGCAGGUGAUCACUUUCUGCUUCCUCUGAUUAAAGCAUGUGAGCAAACACAAAGCAUGCUGGGUAAAAGUCUCUUACUGACUUCUUGUUGCUUGUUAGAAACUACUGAAUGAAGAGAGGACAUCAUUUAAGUAAAUGAUUGAGUGUUUCUUCAUUUUUCACAAUGAUUUAGAUACAGGAAGUAUCUGUAAAAUCAGCCGGAAGUUGUUUUUGUAUUCAAAGUGUUGAAACGGUAUGUGACAAACAUUACAUUUGCUCAGUGAGGCAUGUUGGACUUGUGUUCUUUUUACUCAUGUUAUUGGACAUCACGUGUACAUUUCCAUCAACAAAAUGCCAUGCUGUUCCUUGAUUUGUGUUUGUGUGCCUUACUGUUUGUACAAAUGUUUCUGUUUGGUUGACAAAUCAGAGAUCUGGUUAUGAAAAGUAAGUGAUAAAAUGGAGAGGAAACAAAUGUUUGUUUGAAUAUUACACAACAUAUCUACAAUAUGUAGAUAUUUUCUUUCUGAAAAUAAUAAAGAGUUUCUACAUUU